AUGAAACUGGCUACCCCUAAAAUAAUUAGAAAGAUCCCAAGCCCUCUGAAGUUGGUAUCCAGAAGCUCAAGUUCAGCAGCAAAGAAGCCACUAUUGGUGUCAGGAUCAGGACAACCGUCGUCGUCGUCGGAUGGAAGUAGCAAGCAACAGGUGGUUCCCAAAGGGUCCCUGGCUGUUUACGUGGGUCCCGACCUUCGAAGGUUUGUCAUUCCAGUAAGCUUCUUGGCCAUGCCAGACUUCAAGGUUUUGAUGGAGUCGGUGGCAGAGGAAUAUGGUUGCGAUCACGAUGGCGCUAUUCAAAUCCCCUGCGAUGAAGACUAUUUUCAGCAAAUCUUGAUGUCUUGUUCCCAAAGACAACGGAUCAUAUCCCCUAAGAAACUAAUUCCUAACAUCCCACUCAUAUGUACUACUCAUUAA